CUUUGAGAUGGUAAAUAGUUCCUGAAUCUCUUAGGCAUAUUGAUAGUGUGCUCAGGUUAACAGAUCCUUGCCGGACUGUAUUUGAAAAAGGGGGUGUAAGCCCCUACAGUCAAAAGACAAUUGGAAAGCUUUUCGCAUCUCCUUCCUCCUUGCAGAGAAAUAUUUGAGGUCAAUUUGGGAGAGUCAAAAUGGCUUCAGGGUGGUUCUCCUGUCCUAUUUCAGUGGUUUAUAUAGUUAUAUAUGUCUUUGUCUUGUACAUUUAUGAACAUUUAUUUUAUAUUUGAGACCUUAGAAUUCUUAUAACACCAAUAUGCCCCAAUAACUCACAUUUUGUAUUUAACCCACCACCCUCAGCUCAGGCAUUGCUUUCUACCCUCUCUGUGAUCAUUACUCCUUUGUUUUCAGAACAGGGACAGGAGCUGAAUCAUACUUUGUUUUCUUAUUGCAGAUAGUGAGAUGAUCCUCAAUGAAAAAGAGGUAGAGGCUCCCUCUCAGAAAAAUGAUGAGCUGAAAAGGAGUUCCCCUGCAAGAGGAUCAUCUUCCAGUUUUCAGGGCGUGUGAGCAACCAGGUUGAGGUAAGUCUUUUGCGUUGUUUGUUACAGGCCUUCCUUGAUUGUUUUUCAGCGGCAAUGGCGCUGGGGAGGGGGCGUAAGCCCCCUCUGUGGUUGCUGCUUGCCGUGGGGGCGCCUUGCCAGGCCUGAGAGGGCGGCAGGCGCCCCAGCAGUAGACCACAUGGUGGCUUUUGGUUCAGUGGGCAGCAGCCUCUUUUUGGCAUUUGCAGCCCCUUUGCCACUUUUCUCCUUGGGGUGGGGUGGGUGCAUGGACCCAUCUGCCCCACUGCUCGCCAUGGGGGGGGCAACUCCAGUUGUAGGCCGCAUGGCAGCUUUUUUUCUGCUGCCACUGCUCUCAACCAUAAGCCGCAUGGCGGCUGUUCUUUUAGGCGGCUCUGUGGGGGGCAUGUUUAGGCCGCAUUUGCAGUGCUUGAUAUUUUGCGAUUGCUCUGGCUACAGGCUUCAUGUGUGGUGUAUUUUUAGGGUGGAAGUUGUCCCCCCUCCUUGUUAUGGGGGUGGCCCUAUUCCAUCCUUGGAGGGUCUACUCCACAGGAUUCCAGAGCAUAUGGAUGUGAGCUAACUUGUUACUUUAUUUUGCAGUUUCAGCGUGUGUGCGCAGUUAGGUUGGCUGGUUUUGUCUCUACCCCGCCCCCCCAUCUUCUGAUUUUAAUCAAGAUACUCUUGUAGGAAAAUAACCAAUAUAGCAGUAUAAUAAGUAUUUAAAAAACCCCACACCACCUGCCCAUCUUACUCAGGUCUGUAGUGGCUCGCUUCAAGGUGCAUUAUGUCUCUAGCCACGGCUGCUGAACAAAGGGAAGGCUCUCCCCCUCACACACAUGAAGCUGUAGUGGUGGGCACCCCUAAAGCCGCAGCGAAGGGCACCCCUAGCAACGCUGUAAAAGCAGCCAAUAGGAUUAAAAAAAAGGGCCUUGUCUUCCGGCAGGAAGGGCCCACCUAUGAAGCUCAUAAUAACUAAGAAAAAGGUGAGGGAUGAUCCGUUUGAUGGCCCCUCCACAUCUGAUGGCAGGCCCUACAGGGCCCACCCUAAGAAUAAAAAGCGUGUAUCCCCAGAGCAGCUCGCUGCUGAGAGCGAUGCUUCACAGUCCAGUGGGGACGAUGUGCAGGAACUACUGCGCCAGAACCGCAGCCUGCAGCGUCGCCUGGCCCGGGUUGAGGAGCGUUUAGAUAGGUCUAAGUCCCCUUGUCGACGGUCUCGUGAGGGUAGGCGUAGGCAUAGGUCACCUGUUUCGAGUUCACCAGACAACUCCUCCAGCCCUGAUUUGCGCAGAACACGACGCAGGAAGAAGAGGUCAUACAGAUCAAGGAAGCAUGGGUGUAAGUGCAAGAGGGACACUUUGGAUUCUUCGGAUCUUUCAGGUUUGUCCACCAUGAAGAUCUGGGUUGUAGGGCAUAGCAUUGUCCAUUGGGCGGCAGAUUAUGCCUGGUCACACAAUGGAGGCCGUAACCUUAACAUCCACCCCAAGGUAUGCAUUUAUUGGAUGGCCCAGCAGGGCAUGCGUUGGCCAAGCUUGAUGCCCAUGCUGCCUAGUGCUGCAGCGGUGCAUGGCCCUCCAAGGGUCUUGAUUUUACACUUGGGAGAGAACAAUCUAAUGGAACAAAAAGGCAUUGCCCUGACCCUUGCUGCAAGGGCAGAUAUAGAAAGCUUGCAUGCCUUGUAUCUAACAAGGACUAUCGGUUGGUCCAAUCUCCUCCCCCGCCUGCGCUGGAGAGGGGCUUCCAAUCCAUCUCGCAUCAAUUACGCUGUGGGGAAAAUCAACAGGGCCAUGCGCAAUACCAUGUGGCUAAUUGGUGGAUUCUCUAUUCUACAUCCCACCAUCAGGGCAGAUAAGGCUGGCCUAUUCAGGGCGGAUGGAGUACACCUGACCCCACUUGGUAGUGACCUCUGGCUGCACGACUUGCGACAAGUCCUCAAGGACUGGGUAGACAACGGUUUGAUGGCAGAGCAUGGGUGAAUGGUCCUUGGUUGUGGGACUCGGGCUCACCUGGACGGGUGCCUCCCACCUGCUUGGGUUGGCCUUUGACCCGCCCUUGGCCAGGGAGGACAAUGGACGGCCAGCCGGGGGUGGGGCUAAGGCCAAAGAAAAGAGGCUGACCCUUUUGACCAAGCCUCACUUGGUUUUCUUCCAGGAUCACCCACCCACCCACCCUCCCUCAAAUUAAUAAUUUCUUGCCUCCGAAUAAUUUCAUCCUAGAUCAGCAGUCAUCAAGUUAACGAUACUUUUUCCUUACAGACUAAUAUUUUGCGUUCCAGGUCAGCAGGUGCUGCUGCGUUCGUAAGAUGGUUCCUGUAUUCAGAACUGGGAAGGAAUUUUCCCUGCAUUGGCAAGUUUCGCCUUCCCCUUAGCAUUUCGUCACAACUUUGGCAGCUUUAGGCCUUGGCAAGGUAUCCUUUAGUCUAUCGUCAAGUUGGGGGGGAUGCAUUCAUGCUCCCUUCCCAAGCGGUGGCAUUUGCAGGGCCUAAUAAAGGGCAAAAACUGGGAGUCCCUGGCCUUAGAGCGGCGGCAUGUAGGUCAAACUCCCAGGCUGAGGUUAGUGGAAGGGCAUGCUGUGUAAGUUUGUGCUUUGC